GAAACCCCCCCCCCCUCUCUCUCUCUCUCCCUCUCUCUCUCUGCACUCUCAGCACAGGAACCUGCGGGGAACUUCGUAAAGAGAACAUGAUGCUUCUCUUUUGACUGACGCCCACCGCGCUAAACACUUAGUAUUAGUCGCGCCGCCGCCGCCGCCUCCUUUACGCGUCGCUCCCACUCCAACCUCACCUGUUGACGCAAACAGCAGCCAGCCAGCCAGCAAGCAGCCAGCCAGCAAGCAAGCUCAUACGGAUAUAACAUGUCUGUCAGUCUCACAGCAAACAGUCGGAGAGCUCGAAGUAACUAAACAAGACUCUUGAGUGGAGCGUCUGAAAGUGAAAGCGCUUUAAAAAGUUUGUUUCCGCGUCCCGGCGUUGUCGCUGUGUUAUGCGUUGGAUGAUCGACCCUCAACGUUGUCCAGGUGAUAAGAAUGGAGAAGGCUGAAACUACAGCGGAGCCUCAGAGUGAAAGAAAGGGAGACAAGACUUUGCUGAUUUGAGUUUAUGAAAUGCCCCAACAUAACAUGGAGAGCCCCAGGAGCCCGUGGCAGCCCGGUCUGCGGCCGCCGUGGAUCACCAGAGUGGCUGGAGUUCAGAGCCCCGCCUCAUCGGGGGCGGAGUCGGAUACAGAGAGUAGCAGCACGGAGAGUGAGCGGUCCUGCAUUAAAAAGCUGGAGGCGGGCUCACUGAGGGUCCUGUCGUCGCCCUCAAUGCUCCAUCAGCGAAUCAAAGAGAUCGACCAACAGAAGGAGGAACUAAAGAUCGAACUGCAGCUGGAGAUCGCCCUGCUGCAGGGAGAGCUGCAGACGGAGCAGACCCAGCUGCACAGACACACACAGAAGCUGCAGGCUCUACAGCAGCAGGCCAGACGGAAGGAGAAGCACAGACACACCGACAGACAGAAGGAGCGAGAGAGUCUGGAGGAGGAAAGACAAAGGGUGGAGGAACUGAAGGGGAGGUGUGAGGAGAAGGAGAAACUGAUCCCCAGUCAGCCAGAGAGCCAGAGAGAACAGCUAAAACUGCAGCUGCAGCAGGAAAAGGAGGCGAUGGAAGCGGCAGUUCGAGCCUUUGAAGACUGGGAGUUUCGUGUUCUGGAGCAAGAGAGCGGCAUUGAUGAGGAAGACGCGAGCACGGCGGACGAAGAGAAGGAGGGGCAGAGUGAUGGGGACAUGGAGAAGGAAAUCUCUCGUCAGCAGCGUGGGAUCAACACGGUGCAGGAGCGAGUCCAGCAGUUACAGAGGCAGCUGAGGGAGAUGGAGAGGGAGAAGGAGAGGGAGCUGAACGCCUUGAGGAAGGAGAGGAGAGACCUCGUCCACACAAACCAAACAGUUCUCAAAGAGAAGAAGCCGCUCACUGAUUGGUCCAACAUCACCGGCUCAGCCCCCUGCAUGAUGUCACUUUCCCCUAUGACCGUUCACAAGCCUCCUCAGGAGCCAUGCAAAGAAUCGGCCAGUUUGCCCAGAAGACGGAGCUCGCAUCGCAACAACAAAUUCAACGACAGGCCGCAGUCGGCACAGGGGUUGGUGAGGACACUUCCAGACAGCCAGACCCCAGAGGCUUUCACUUCCCCCCCACCCUCCCAUAGGCUCAGCAACGGCCACAGCAGCAGCCACAGACAUGGGAACAGCAACGGCGGCGGGUUCCUCACUCCGUGUAACAGUACAACGAGCUCCCGCGCUGCCAGCCCGUCUCUGUUGGAUCUUGUGGAGAUUGAGAAGAAACUGAGGGAAGCCAAGGCAGAGAGAGAGAGGCUGCUCAGAGAGAGGGAAGAGCGACGGUGGUUGUUGUUGGAAGAGAGAAGGCAGAAAGAGCUAAACUCUCCCAAAAAAGAACCACAGGAGCCAGAGACUCCGCAAAAGCCCGAGCCAGAUCCAGAACCAAAGGAGCAACCAAAGGCCAGUUCUCCCCCAAACUCCCCAGAGAAGGCCCUCCAGCAGCACGGCCUGCCACUCUUCCUCUCUCCCAACUUUGACCUCCGGGCCCACGUGGAGUCUCUGGGUCACGGAGUGUCCGGCUGCGUGGACCUGCGGCUGACGCCUCGACGCUGCGCAGGCUUCUUGACCAAACGAGGGGGGAGGGUUAAGACCUGGAAGAAAAGAUGGUUCCUGUUUGACAUGGACCACAAACGACUAGCCUACUAUACAGACUGUGAUGAGAGGAAGCUAAAGGGAGUCAUCUACUUCCAGGCCAUAGAAGAAGUUUACCUUGACCAUCUACGAACGGCCACUUCUUCUCCGCGGCCCAGUCUGACGUUCUGUGUGAAGACAUACGACCGUCUUUUCUUUCUGGUGGCUUCCAAUCCAGUGUCCAUGCGGAUUUGGAUGGAUGUCAUUGUCACGGCAACAGACGAGCACAGCCGUUAUUGACCUCCUGCAUUAGUGACUUUAAAACCAUUGAGUGAAGCCACUGAGCGGACAAUGCAGUGAGCCAUUUCACCCGGUCCGAGGGGCUGGUUUGGCUGAGAUCCACCCCAGAGGCUGAUUCUGCAUCCGGACUGAUGAAACUGUGGAAGUGUGUCAGAUGAAGAGGUGCAGUGGUUCGAAAUGCUGGACAGAUGUGCUCGAACACAGCAGAGGAAACUGUUACUUGAUGCUUGAGUGGCAGCGGAGGUUCACCGCUGAACCAGCAGUUAACCACAAGCAGCUUAAUGCCACUGGAAGUCUGUUACUGGGAGGUUUCUCUCUUUGAGCCCUACCUCCCCCUGCUGGUCAUAGUCCAGCAUCAAAGGAGUACUGGUGUACAAUACACAACAAAACACUACAACAGGGAUUGGACACAAUAAUAGCAACACUGAACAAUAUAAUGCAAUCCAAUAAAACGACCCAUCAAUAAAAUCACUAUAUUAGACAGGUGCUGUGAUCAAUUUUAUUUUUAUUUUUUUUUUGUAUUUUGUGCUGGAUUGUUUCAUAUUGUCAGGUGUUUCCACUAAUUUGUCCAUAUCAUGUAUCUUUGUUUUCAUAAAUUACAUUUUAAUGACUUAAGUUAUUAAUUGGAAAUUUAUAUGGGUUUGAUAUGCAAAUAAAUGAAUGCACUAUUAAAUGUUUAUUCAUACAAAAGUUUGCUCUAAUUCAUUCUCUUUCUUCCCAAUGUAAAUAUUUAUUGGCAGUUAUAUAUGUUAAAAUAUUUUUUCCAUCUUUAAUGCAGUCUUCAUGGAUUCAUAUUUCACACUAAGAUAUGUAUAAUUUUUCAAAAAUAUUUCAACAAUUACUAGUCAUUGGUUCUGUGUCGAGUGUGCUAUUGUUCAUCACUUUUUAAUAGUGUUGUAACCAAAUAUCUUAUUACACUUUCUUCAGAGAAAUUAGGGAAAUCACAUAGAACUCAUAGUAACCUCAUGUCCUACAGGAAUAUUUAUUGUAGCAGUUUACAAACAUUUCCCAAAACACUGUUAUUUGCACUGUUUUCUUAUUUCCCAAAAAUAUAUGAGUGAUCAAUAUCAAAUGAUCCACACACUCUCCAACAUACCUGACAUCUGUGUAACUUCUUACUUGUUUUCUUAUUUGAGGUUUCUUGAAACUAUUUCCUUAACGCCGUGUGCACAUUGCAGCACCAGUUGAGUAAUAAGCUUGUAAACUUUUACACUUCCUCCUUAUUUCAAAAUAAAAUAUUCUGUGGAAGCCGUGUGGGGAAGUAAUUUCAGUUUUUCUGCUAAAUAUGAGAAACAACAGUUCAAUGUUACAGUUCAUUCCCUCAGAAAAGCACUGAGGAGACUUGCAUUACUGUAGUGAACAGAGAGAAUCAACACCCUGUUGGGCUGAUCGCCACUCCUUAGAAAAAUCUUUCAAGAGCUGUUCCAUCCAGACAAACCAUCAGUCUGACAUGCCUCAGUUGUUGGAUUAUUGCCACUGACCCUUCAAUGCUG